AUGAAACUCGCUAAAGAAGCAAUGAAAAAAGAAGCAAUGAGCCUAUACAAAGACUCUGAAAUUAUCCAAGAAGCUGAUAACAAGUAUUUUGAAAGAAGCUCGAGGGAAAUACACUUUGGAGAAAGCCGAGAUGAAUCCGAUUAUAGAAGAGAGUUUGGCUUCUGUAAAAUUGACCCUGUCAAACUGGAAGGCGAAGAAAGCGGUGAUGACAUGCCAUUAAAUGACAAGACGAGUGCUGUAACUAAUGCCAGGCAUAAAAAUAAAAUAUGCAGUCAAAGAUAUAGAAGCUUUAUUUGUGGAGCAAGCGGAAAAGCAGCUCAUAAAGAUAUCACUAGAUCAAAACAAGCUAUUCAUGCUCAUAUGCCAGCACCAGGCCUAUACUUAAAUCUAAGUUACUUUCAAUCAACUUUCCCUGCCUGGUCUCCUCAAUUAAGCUUAAGAUUCUCUAGUGAUACAACAGCUACAUUCACCUUAAUGGGUAAACUCCCCAGUCCUCUCAACUCUCCACAACCUCCAAUCUUUGGCGGAUUAAAAUAUGAAACAUUUAAACCCUUUGAAUAUUAA